AUGAUGUGGCGUUUCAGCUUUGCGUCGACCUCCACGCUGGACAGUCUUCUCGGGCGCGAGACACCGCCCAGCGUAGAGGAGAUUAUGGAUGAUAGCGAUGUUUUGCAAGAGUGCAAGUCGCAGAACAACAAACUAGUCAACUUUCUAAGCAAGGAUGACUCUAUCAAAUCCCUUCUCCAUUGGGUCGUCUCUGGUUUGGACGAGCUGGACGAGCAGUCCCGACAAGCUGAGCGGACGUGCCUCGCCAAGGCUCGAGGCGAAACGGACACGUAUCCGAUAUUUGGCGGAUCCACAUCCUCAGAGUCUGGAGCGGAGACCUCGGUUGAACCACUCGAGCCAGCUAAGGUCGCCGAGGACAACCUAGCAGCGGCGCAAGAAGGUUCAGAAGGCGGAGACACGGACCUGUCCGCUGGGAACAUGGGGAUGCUCAGCUCUGCAGCACCGCAGGAGGGAGAAGAGGAUGUCGUGCGGCGUGCCAGGUAUCCGACCGUAGCGGCCGAAAUUCUCACCUCUGAAAUAUGGGUCAUACCAGAAACGAUCCUUCAGAACAAGGACACCCUCCUGCGUCCAUUCUGGGACACGGUCAUCCCGCCAGUCCCGACAGGGGAUGAUGAGGUGGAGGCCAACUCAGCAAAGUCGCUGUAUGAGACGAGCGAGGGAUACCGGGCGAGAGUGGAGUACGGGUCGGACGACGAUGAUGAGCGGGAUAGAAAGAGGGAGAUCAUCCGGGGAUUAUGGGUGAAGGUUAAUGGGAACCUUCUCACCAAGCGGACACACGAGAUGGUCCGCUUUAUCCAGUCAAUACCGAACGUCAUCCCCCGCCUAAUGGCCCAAAUACACUCGCCCGCUAUCCAGGACAUUCUCAUCCGCCUCAUCUCAGCUGAAGAAGCCGGCGUGACCGGCGUCGUCCAAUGGCUGGCCGAAGAAGGCCUCAUCAAACGGCUCAUCUCCUUCUUAUCCCCCCUGCAACCCCCACACAUCCAUGUCCUCGCUACCGAGCUCCUCAAAAACAUCAUCACGCUUUGCGCACCUCCUCCGUUCAAUCCUCUCGGCGGCAAUAUGCAGGAGCAGCAGUCCGCUCAGGGCGCUACGAGCGGGACGAGGGAUAAUCGGAUGGUCCGCGAGCUGGUCCGCGAGGAGAGCAUCCGGCAGCUCGUGGGAUACAUGCUCGACCCACUCGAGCUCUCCGAUGCGGACUGGCCCGGACUGAACGGAGACGGAACGCCCAAUCCCGCCGACCCAUUCAUCGUCCACCCACUCCCCUCCACCGCCAGUGCCGCUUCGUCCCUCUCGCACAUCUCAACCAUCUUUGUCGAGCUCAUCCGGCGGAACAACUCGGACUUUGCCGAACCGCAUCUGUUCCACACGCUGCGGAAUCGGUUGAUGAACAUGCGAAUGGAGCAGGGGGCACCAUUGGGCCAUAUGGAGGAAGGAGAGGAUGCCGAGGCGCGGGAUAGGGCGCGGAUGGAGGAGGCCGUCCAGGCGAUGGCGGAGGCGAUGGGGAUUGUGCAUCUCCGUUGGGUCUUGAAUAUCUUGGCCGAGCGAUUUGACCGCUUGGACUAUCUCUUGAAGAAUCCAAGAACACAGAAACACUCCGCUUCUCCAUCUUGUCCGCUUCCCCUGACACUAGAGCGUUUCCGCAUCGUGGAGCUGUAUGCCGAACUCCUCCAUUCGUCCAACAUGGGCAUCCUCCAGCGACCGCUCGGCACCGGUCCCCAAUACUCGCCUGACGGUAUCCUCAUGGGCGGCCUGGCAGGUCUCGAGCUUCUUGGCGAGGCAAUCGACGAGGACCGGGAUAUGCCUAGCGAUAAUGUGCCGGAAGGGCAGGUGACUCAGGCGCGCGAGCUGCCGGUCAGCAGUAAUGCCUCGACGAGCGCCAGUCUGAGCGGGGAGGAUCUUGGGUCGGAUAGCGAGGACGAAAAGAUGUUGGAGGAUAUCGAGGAGAUGGGGACACCAAGCGGGUCGCCUUCUCGGUCGGGGAAGAAGGCGGGUGCGGGAGCCCCGGAACAUCAGCCACCUCCUCCGAGCGAGGCAGAUGCGGCAAUAUUGCGGGACGUGAUGACCAAGGAUCCGAUAUCGGCGGACACGUCAGAUAUCGGCGGAGCGUCCAAUGUCGCCGUGGCGGAUACGACCGCUGCUCCUUCUGCCCAGUCAGACGAGGAGCCAAAUACGGCCGUCCCCCGACCCUCAUCCGCGGCUUCUGUAUCGCCCGUCAUCUCGCCCCCCGGUAUCCGCCUCAAAGAGGUAUACCUAGAACGCCGCAUCAUCCCUGCACUGAUCGACAUGUUCUUCGAACACGCAUCGAACGACUUCCUGCAUCAUGUGGUAUACGACAUGCUGCAGCAGAUCCUGAAUGGCUCACAUGCGCCGGGAACCAAUCGGGAUCUGCUGGAGGAGAUGAUGUGCGGAGCGAGGCUGGUCGAGCGGGUACUAGAGGCUCAGCGAAGGAACACCCAGGCUGUUACCGUAGAGAAAGGCCCAAGAAUACCAUACAUGGGCCACAUCAUCCUGAUCGCCGAGGAAAUCGUCAAGUUCUUGGCCACCAGUAAUCAGAAAGACCUCAUCGCCACCGUCCUGCCGUUCGUGCCUCAGCCAGCAUGGGACGAGUUCGUCGCUGGUCAACUGCAAGAGACACGCGCGCGCGAUACUCAGCCGCUAGCGGGCGGGAAGCCACUCAUGGGGACCGCGGCGGGCGGGGACGGAUCGGGCAGUAAAUCUGAGGACGAGGAGUCGGGUUCGGAUUCGGAUGAUGAUGAUGGUAAUGGACAGCUGGGCGGCUUUGGGACAUUCGGGGAACCGUUGCAGAGGACCAAAGCGGCGGAGGGAUAUGCGAUGCGGGAUAGGCAGGGGAGUGGGAGUGAGGACGACGGAAGUGAGGAUGAGACCAACGAGCGGUAUUGGCGUAAUACGGCCGGACUGCGGAGGAAUGUUGACUCCGAAAGCGAUGAUGAUGACGAUGCGGAUUGGUUGCGCCCGACAGACGAAUUUGGCGGUCUUCAGUCCGGUCAGCGAGCUCAACCGGACGACUUUGACGAUGAUGACACCUGGGGCUCCUUCUCCUCUGCUGGCGCCAACAAUGCCGCCGAGAACCCUUUCGGAGACGACAACUUUGCACCCUCCGUCACUGCCGCAUCAUCCUCUUCCUCCGCCCCAUCUCAAGAUCUCGGUCUCACCCCUGCUCAAUGGUUCGAUCGCGAGUUCUCCUCGGCGUGGGACGACGACAGCGGGCCUGGACCUGCUAUCGUCGUCCCCGCUGGGGCGGACGAGGAGGACGAUGACGAGGCGGAGGCCGAGAUGCCCAGAACGCCGGGCUCCACGUGGAGCUUCACCGGAGAUGAAGGGGAAGGAGAGGACCUGCCGGCUGCUGUCAGCCCGGUCAUUGGCGAGGACGGAGCACCUGGCGAUAGCGCCACGGACGCGACAGUAGGAGAUCUGUCCGGCGGCGUACAGGGCCUGGGGAUAUCAGACGCCACAUCAACGACACCACCGAUUGCUAUCCCCUCUUCAUCGAGAGCCUUAGAUACAGCAUCCUCCGACACCCUCUCCACCUCGCCAAAUGCGCCCAUCCCGGACAGGAAUCCACCUUCUGAUCCACCCGCAUCCCCCAAACCCCAUCGAUCGUCCAAACCACCCCCUCCGCCGCCCUCUCCACGUCGGAAACGCGCACCAAGCGUGACUGGUCCCAAUGCCCCCGCACUCGGUGUGUCCCCGCCUGACGCAUCUCUCGGCGCCGCGGCGAGUAAGGAAGAGCCGCUGGGCCCGGGCGUAGGGGCAGAUGUGGAAGUGACGGAUGAUGGCAUGUUGCGGCGCGAGGUGGAUGGGAAAGAGGUGGUUGUGCCAAAGGAUGAGGUGGUCAUGGGGGUGGAAGAAGAGGCGAAGGGGUUGUAA